AUGUGCUGCAAACGUCGUGCCAAUCCACAAGAGUCGACCGGCGCCAAGCUGGUGCAGGAUCAACCAAUCACUACCUCUCGUGCUGCUUCUAGCGAGCCUCUGGAUCCUCCUCCAGCCUACGAGCAAGUCGAGAAAGGAUCGAAAGAUAUCACCUCAAGCCAAGACAUCGAUGCAUCAAAAUAUCUUGACAAUCAAGGAACGUCCGAUGUUCGAGCUGUUCCUUCAUACAGCUCCAAUAAUGCCAACCUGGAACUCCGAACGAACAACGUCAACAUGCACACUCCCCGAUCGACAUGUCAAAGUAAAUGCGCAGCAAAGCGUGAGCGGAAACAACAGAAGCGCGAGCUUCGCCAGGAGCACCGUAUGGAGAAGCGAGAGUACCGUCAGGAGAAGCGUGAACUUCGAGCCGAGCAUCGCUUCGAGAGGAAGGAGAUGCGAAGGGCCCACGACGGUCCGAUCAGCAUGCUGAUCAAAGGCGUCUCAAAUUUGAUGAAGCAGGACGGCAAGGUAUAA